ACCAAAUCAACACCACAUCUCCCUCACCAUGCGUAAACUAACUCCAUUCUUCUCUGCUGCCUCGUCAGCCAAACCCGCACAAUCAUGCCUCGCCAUCUCGAGCAGACUCCAACUCCGAUCCCAAUCAGCUCCUCCCCAUUCACAUACACACCACCAGCACAAUGCCAAAUCCGAACAUACUCCCAAUCCCCAACCCUCGCCGCAUCCCCGUUCCGUCUCUCCUCCACAACCCCAUCCGCAGACCACGACACCGACACCGACUUCGAAUCCCAAUCCCAAUCCCAAUCCCAACCCCGAAACCCAAACUCAGACGAAUACUACAGCCCCUACAAGCCAAAGCGCCAAUGGCCCCCGGAUAUGUCCAAGCUUUCCCCGAAACACCAGUUCCGGCUUGAGCGCAAGUACCGGCGGCGCGCGGCGCUGAAAUACGCCCGGCCGAAGUGGGUGAAAAUGACCAAGUUGGCUCAGUGGGCGUCUAUUGGAUUUGUUAUUAUCUACGCGUUACUAUUCAUGGAGUGGGAUGAGAGGGGGAGUCCAUUUGAUGAGAUUCGACGGGUUGUGUUUUCUAGUAUUAAAGGAGUGUUCUCUGCGCCUCCGCCCGCGAGCUCUAUGAGACGUUCGGAUGAUUCGAGUCGAGAGUAGAGUGUAGGUGGGUGGGUACGAACCAAAAGUCUUCUCCGGGUUCAAGGUUGCUUGGGACUGGUACGAUGUAUAUAUUCCGGAAAUCCAUGGACUUGGAGGAGUCUCAAGACCUAUUCAGACCAACCUGCUGACGCUGUACAUUACAAUACAGUACU